AAAUACCACAAAUCGUGUGUAUGUGUACAGGCGGUUCUUCAGCGCAUUCAGUUUGAGUCAGUCUACUGCGCGAAGGUGUUCCAACCAGUACACACAAAAAAACGCGUCAUCAACAAACAAAAAAAAAAAAAAAAAUUACUCCAAUAUUUAAAUAGUAUUUAAAAAAUAUUUUAAAAAAUAUACACUUCAAUAAAAUAUCUAAAUAAUAUCUCAGUUAAAAAAAUUAAUUAAUUUAAAAUUUUUUUCAAAAACAGUGUCAGUUAAUUUGGAGUAUUUGUCUAAAUUUUUUUUUUGUUUUGUUGAGAUUAAAAGGUUGUAGAACAGCUCAACAGUAUACUCCAAUAAUAUAAAAAAAAUAGGGAAAGAUAGAGAGAGUGAGAGGUCAAAGAGUAAGUGUGUUAUUAAAGGAGUAAAUUCAAGAAAUACUGAGGAAGGAUUCUAUCAACAUGGCCACCGCCAUCGACGACCGGCAGGAACUUCUUGAGCAAUUUAAAACAAUUGAUGCUAAUAAUGAUGGAUUCAUUGACAUGGCUGAAUUGAGAACAGCACUUGAUGUUUGUGGUUUUAAAAUGCCUGGAUAUAAAGUACGUCAAAUGAUUGAGGAAUAUGAUGAUAAACAACAGCCACAACAUAAAGGACGUUUGUCAUUUGAUGAAUUUGAAAAGUUGUGUAAAGAUUUAAAAGCAAAUGAGCUUGGUUCAUCAUUCAAACAGGCUGUAUCAAAAAAAGAAAAUUUAGAAACACUUGGUGGUAUUUCUGAGGCAUCAAGUCAAGGAACAACACAUUCAGUUAGACACGAAGAACAAUUGGCAUUUAGUGAUUGGAUUAAUACAAAUUUACGUCGUGAUCCAGAUCUCAAACAUUUAUUACCAAUUGAUCCAGAGGGUAGAUUACUUUAUGAUAAAGUUAAAGAUGGUAUUUUACUUUGUAAAGUCAUCAAUCACUCGUGUCCAGAUACAAUUGAUGAGCGUACAAUAAAUAAAAAAAAUUUAACACUCUACAAAAAACAUGAAAAUUUAACAUUAGCAUUAUCAUCAGCCCAAGCAAUUGGUUGUAAUAUUGUUAAUAUUGAUGCUCAUGAUUUGACAAAAGGAUCACCACAUCUUGUACUUGGUUUACUUUGGCAAAUAAUUAGAAUUGGAUUAUUUAAUCAAAUAACAUUAGAAAAUUGUCCUGGUUUAGCAACAUUAUUACAAGAUGGUGAAAGAAUUGAAGACCUACUUAAAUUAUCACCAGAAGCAAUAUUACUACGUUGGGUUAAUCAUCAUUUGGAAAAUGCUGGUAUAUCACGUAGAUGUCAUAAUUUCCAAUCAGACAUAACAGAUUCAGAAAUAUAUUCACAUUUAAUAAAACAAAUAUCACCAUCAACAUCAGAUGUUACACUUGAAGCAUUAAUGGAACCAAAUCAAAUGACACGUGCUGAAAUAAUGUUACAACAAGCUGGUAAACUUGAAUGUAGAAGUUUUGUAACACCAUCUGAUGUUGUUAAUGGUAUAUAUAAAUUAAAUCUUGCAUUUGUUGCAAAUUUAUUUAAUAAUUAUCCUGGAUUAGAUAAACCAGAAACAAUAAUUGAAGGACUUGAUUCAUUAGAAGAAACACGUGAAGAAAAAACAUAUAGAAAUUGGAUGAAUUCAAUGGGUGUAUCACCACAUGUUAAUUGGUUAUAUUCUGAUCUUGCUGAUGGUAUUGUUAUAUUUCAAUUAUAUGAUAUUAUUAAACCAGGUACAGUUAAAUGGCCAAAAGUACAUAAAAAAUUUACAAAAUUACGUAAAUUUAUGGAAAAACUUGAAAAUUGUAAUUAUGCUGUUGAACUUGGUAAACAAAUGAAUUAUUCACUUGUUGGUAUUGCUGGACAAGAUAUUAAUGAUGGUAAUGCAACAUUAACACUUGCAUUAAUAUGGCAAUUAAUGAGAUCAUAUACAUUAUCAUUAUUAUCAAGUCUUGCUGGUAUACCUGGUACAGCAUCAGUUGACAAAGAAAUUGUACAAUGGGUUAAUUCAAAACUUGAAGCUGCUGGUAAAACAAGUAGAAUAAGAGGUUUUCAAGAUUAUGCUAUUGCUGAUGGUAAACCAGUUAUUGAUCUUAUUGAUGCAAUUAAACCUGGUACUGUUAAUUAUGAUCUUGUUAAAGAAGGUGGUACUGAUGAUGAUAAACUUGACAAUGCAAAAUAUGCAAUAUCAUUAGCUAGAAAAUGUGGUGCUCGUGUUUAUGCAUUACCUGAGGAUAUUACUGAGGUUAAACCAAAAAUGGUUAUGACUGUAUUUGCCUGUUUAAUGGCUAUGGAUUACAUUCCAAAUAUGGAUUCUAAAAAAAAUGGUAGUGAUAUUCCUAUUGAAAAUGGUAAUACCAUUAAAAAUGGACAAUAAUGGCUAGCAAAUUGUUCAGAAUCGAGUAUUAUUUCAUUUUUUUAUACCCAACUCGAUGAUGAACAUUGACAUAACAAAUAUUCAAUUGAAAGUUUAUUAAAAUAUGCAAAAAAAAAAAUCCAUAUUAACGACAAAAAAGUGAAAUUUUUUCAUGUACAUAUGCCUAAGCUUUUUUUUAUAUCAAAAAGCCAUGGAAUUAAGUUAAUCAAUUUAUUAUUUUUUUUUUUUGAAAUUAUUGUUUUACAAAUUAAUUUCGAUUAAUGGUACCUAGACGAAUGUAUUAAAACGUUAAUUUUUAAUUUUAAGUUUUGAAAUAAUAUAUAUAUAUUUUUUUUUUUUAAAUAUUAUUAUUUGUUGAAUAUUAAAAUCAAGUUAUAAAUUUAAAAAAAAAAAUUUCUAAUCAUUUAUAUAAUAUGCGAAAGACAGCGAAAAAAAAAAAAAACAAUAUGAAGAAUUUAAAAUUCAAGAAAAAUAUAUAUUCAACUGUCAAUUUUCAAUAAUUAAAAAUUUAUUUCAAAUAAUUUUUUUCAUUAUUAUUAUCAUUUAUUUAUGAUUUUUUUCUUUUGCUUUGUCAAUGUAUUUUAAGACAAUUUUAUGCGCACAAUAUUUACUGAUAAAAAUAAAAAAAAAUAAUAGCAAAGUUGAUGUGCCAUUGGAUUUGAUAAAAUGUCAAUCAACAUCCUGUAAUAAAUUUUUUUUUUUUUUUCAUAAAUUUUAUAUUUAAUAAU